AUGGUGCUACCUGAGAUCGUGACAGUCGAUGCUAUCCUUUUCGAUCUGGAUGGGACCCUCAUAGAUUCCACUCCUGGCGUCAUUUCAGCCUGGAAAACAUUCGCAGAGGAAUACAAACUUGGAUCGCAUCUUCCGAUCGUGCAGAAAACUCAUGGACGGAGACUUGCUGAUACCCUGAAGGACGAGACGAUAUGUAAUAUCCAGGACACAGAAAUUUUGAAUAGCGAAAUUUUGCGCUUCGAGGACCUGGUGAUCCAGGGUAGCCCAGUGGCCCUCGAAGGAGCCAUCGAGUUCUUGACUCAGUGCAAAAUUCCGGUGCCUACGUCAGGGUUUGUGACGGCAGAUGAUGUCAGUGAAGGUAAGCCAAAGCCCACGCCGUAUCUUGAGGGAGCCAAGAAACUCGGGGUUGAUGUGACUAAGUGUCUUGUCAUCGAGGAUGCACCUUCCGGAGUGCAAGCAGGAAAUAGUGCCGGUGCAAAGACGCUCGCAGUUUGUACCUCCCACAAACGCGAGGACUUCGAGAACUGUUCAGAGGAAAUAAAGCGCCCCACGUAUAUCAUUGAUGAUCUGACUACAGUACGCGUGAAUUGGGAGAAUGGCAAGAUUCGACUCGCGAUCGAUACCCGUAGAGGACCUGAUGGAUCAGCAAUUUUGUAGACAGACCCCCACCAAGUAGUGAUUUUGGGAAUCCUCAGACUGUAAGGUGUGAUAAAAUACAAAACAGGAGGGUGCUCACCAAUGACAGAAGCUGUCUCAUCGUGA